AUGAGUACCGGAAUGUUUGAACCCGGUAUAGAAUAUGGCGUGAUGAAACAUACAUAUACAAGAGCACCGAUUUUUCCAUGUAGGGAAAACUUUAUAGAACUAGAUGAAGCCAUGAAAAAAAUUAAGGAUAGGGAAAUAACAUUACGUGAGGCCGCAGUCCAAGGAAUAGCUGAUCAUCGAGGUAUCAAUCGAUGUAACUGCAAAACUGGUUGUGACACUAAACAAUUUGCUUUCAAUGCGGUUUAA